AUGUCUCUAUACAAGAAGCUCAUAUUUUUGACCUUCCUGAUUACGACAAUAAUUGCAAAUGCAUCAGCUGCAAUAGCACCUCCUGAUGCUUCUUCCAAUAGCACCUCGAGCCUUGAUCUCAAAACCUCUACACCUCGAGCUCUCAAUCCAACUUCGCUCCCGAUAGCGCCCGAAAAGAAUACGCCGCUUGCAGUUACACCAACUAGUAAGAUUCUACAAGCAGAAACAGCAACCCUCAGCGAUACUAUCAGCCCCGCAAAGCGAACUGAUGGUCCUAUAAACCCAAAUAUAUUUUACUCUAACUACCUUACCGCCCGCUGUCCAACACUCUCAGAACUACGUUACAUGGACGAUGACCCUCUCAACUACCAGCAGUUCAACCUUGUGCCCUACAGUCGGCCAAGACUAUUCACGGAGGCAAAUGGAGCCCCUUCAUUACAAGAACAUACGGGAAGACGUCGAACAUUGCGCAAUUACUGGCUUAGAAAAUGCCGAGACUGCCAUUGCGACCCAGUAUCACGUCGAUUGACCCGCGGACCUGGGCCUGAUGCUCCCGACGACCAGCGGAAUCAUGGUUCGAAUAGAGGUGGAUGCUACAUCCGAGAAACACCCGAAAAAUGUGAAAACUGGUUUAAUUGUCGGUGUGUCAUGGAACUUCGCUUAGAUCAACCCCCAAGGUUUCGAGAAGUCACGGCGGAAGAUUAUCAAGAUGCAUUGGAUAAUAUCCCCGAUGACGUUAAAAAGCUGGACCCCGAAUACGUCUGGAGGCCAUCUCCGGGCUGGGAAAUGACGUGGAAUAAAAAUAGCGGUGGUGGCCGUUCGAGGGGUGGGCAGGCAUCCCACAGGGAACUCGCUCCAGAUACAAAAGAACCGUACUACCUCGAAGGACCGAAUGAUGACGACACGGGGAUGUACGGUUUUCCAGGGAGGUAUUACCCGGGCGGUGGAUUUACGUCUCCCUUCGGAAAGUCUUUGCCUGCUAAACGGGAUAAUCUAAAGAAAAGAGAUGAGAACAAAGGAGAUGAGGACAAAAAAAGAAGGGGACAAAAAAGACCGAUGAGGGGAGAUUCUAAGGAAGCAGCCGAUAUUGAAACUUGA